GAUGGGGAUAAAAUCGCAAAGGUUGCAUCAUGGCUUCUUUUGGUGAAUUGCCUUGAUUUGCACAACAUGGAACAUCGUCGAUGUGCACAUAUCAAGACCGCUAACAAAUUUUCGUUCAAUCGAACAUGGACUCAUGAUGAGGUUCAUCAGUACCUGCAAAAUGAAGUGUUUCCAUUGGCAUUUGAAUAUGUCAAUUCAAAAGAAAAGGGGAAAGGAAUUGGCAUACCUUCUUGCCCAUGGGUUUUAAUAAGCAAGGAGAGGAGCCCCUUCAGUGAAUUCACCCGUCUCAGACGGGCAGCCGGGCGUGACAAUGUACCAAUAGAGACGGGCCACCUGGUGCCGGCCCAUGGCAAUAAUUGUACCGUGUUAGACGAGUGGGCCGAGGGGGUGGAGUGUCCAAGGCAAACGGAUGGGCCGGGUGUAUAUAGUAUAGAUGGUAGUAUAGCAAUGUACUAUAUAGGAAAUUAUGAAUAG